AUGAACCCCUCUGGUAUUCACUGGCUUCACAGCAUCAAUCUUGAAUGCUGUUCCGUCUGUAUGGAGACGAGCAGUCGAAUUACGGGAAAAUAUCACAAUCUCAUGGUAAAGCCACCUUCAAUCACGUGUUCGGCAAUGAGUUCAAAUAAGAUACACAUAAUUUGGAAACACAAUCGCAACCCUAGUCACCCUCGGCUGCACAAUUGGUUCGAACUCGAGUGGAUCCUGCCUGUCAUGGUUUCAACCUCAAAAGACCAAGUUGUCACGGAUUCUUUGUUAUCGAAAAUGCUAGAAGCGUUCGAAUUAAACUUCGGUAGGGUGCUGUGUCCUCACAUUACAAGAAAAGAUCUACUGCGGCCAUUCGACCCGAGCAUCUGCCACUGCAUACCCGGAUCCAGCCGCCCAAGGGGACAUAUCGGCACCGACGAUCAAGAAAUUCUCCAUGGAUGUUUGAGUCAAAACUUACGAGUCAUAGCAGACCCGGAGGAUGCAGGAUAUACCUUUGCGCCAUCGAACUGCCAUUGGAUGCGUUGUGCCAUCUGUUGGACCAAGUAUAGCUGGCUGAGACAUCGGGAAGUCGUCUAUUUGCAAAGACAUUCUCCUUCUUUCGGUUUGACCGUUGCAAAACACAAAAGCUCGCAUUGGUACCAAAUCGAAGCGGCUAAUAAUGGCAUCAAGCUCGCGCAUCCCCGUUCAUAUGGUGCCAAUAAGGUGGUCGAUGACAGGGCGGAAAACAUUUUUUGGUGUCAUGAUAAGAAAUGCAAACUUGGUAGGAACUGGAAUACUUACAUGCGUGUACAAUGUGAUGAGAAAUAG